UUAACGCUAUUACUACAUUACAUCGACCAGCUUGUAUAAAUACAAUUCAACUAUCGAUUCACAUCAGUUGAAGUGCUGAAGUAUAAGGAAAAACCAGAAUCAGUCAAUCUUAUAAUCCAAAGAAGGAUGAAGACUCUUAUUCUCGUGACAUGUCUGCUGGCCAUUUCUUUUGCUGCUGACCCUCAAAAAUUGAAGAAAUUAUAUAAUGAUUACACAAAUUGUCUUGAGGAAUUGAAUGAGCAGCAAUGGACACCGGAAGUGGUAAAAUGUUAUUUUCAAAAGGAUGGAUUGCUUGAUGAACAAGGUGUAUUAACAAAAGAAACACUUUUUACAAUUCUGGAUAAGAUCAUUUCUGAUGAAAAUGAUUUAAAUGAAGCAAAAGAGCUCGGUUCUACUUGUCUCGAUCAAGCAUAUCAAGGCCCAGGAAACAAUGAUGAGAAGCUUAUGGCAUAUAUACAUUGCGCAAUGCACAUAACAGAUCUACUCGAUAAGCUUCAAUAAAAGAAGAAAAUACAUUUUUUUUACAUAUUACAUAUAUGAAGUAAUAACUAUUCCGUGCAUGAUAGAUAUUAGUAAAUGAUCUGACUUUAUAACUGUACAUUUUCGAGGACCUUAUGUAAAAAUCUUCUUGUCUUAUAAAUUGUAAUUGACUCUCUUAUAUGGCUAUAUUUCAAUAAAAUAUGAUACUUAA